AUGUUCAUGAAAAUUUGGUUCAAGAAAGGAGUACUAAUUGGAGAAAAACACAGUUUUGAUCAUAUGUCUAACCUCCAUACCCUUGGAAUCGUGAAAAAAGAAAUGAAGUAUCUGGGUGGCCUAAAAGUGGCUAUUCAAUUCCGGUGGUAUGCAGAAGCAAUAGAGUAUUUAAUGGAUAAAAACCGGUGGAAAGAUCGGUUUAAGUGGUUGGUUAUGGCAGACCAACAUGACAUGGAUUACGAAAAAGUUGUAUGGUUCAAGAUCAUUGGCGUCCCUCUACAGCUGUGGAGGAAAGCAAUUUCUCAAUAA